UAUACCAAACUGAAAGAUAAUGAAGAUAGUAACCCGUUUGAUAAUAGCAGAUCAGGAUUGUGAAUCACUUAGCUUGGUUUCUUUCCUACUCUUUGUUUUGAUCACCGCCAUAGCUGUGGCGGGAGGUUCUCUGGACAGUGAUAGAGAAGCCUUAAUAGAGCUAAAAGUGUACCUCGAAUCUCAUAACCCAACCAACGGAGGAAUGUACACCGCGUGGAAAACCGAGGAGCAAGAUGUGUGUCAAUGGCCAGGCAUCACAUGUACGCCUCAGAGAAGUAGAGUCAUAGGGAUCCAUCUAAGCGAGUCCCUCAUCGCCGGUGGUCUAUUUGGGAAUUUCUCGGCUUUAACUCAGCUCACAUAUCUCGAUUUAUCGAGGAACACUAUCGAAGGUUCAAUACCAUAUGACCUGAGCCGUUGUCAAAAGCUAAAGCAUCUGAAUCUUUCUCAUAAUAUCAUUGAAGGGGAGCUUAACUUAACGGGAUUAUCAAAUCUUGAGGUUCUUGAUCUAUCAGUGAAUAGGAUUGCGGGCAGUAUUCACUCUAGCUUCCCGUUGGUCUGCAACAGCUUGGUUGUUGCAAAUCUGUCGACAAACAAAUUAACGGGAAGAAUCGAUAACAUCUUUAGUGGAUGCCAGUAUCUGAAGUACGUUGACUUCAGUACCAAUAGAUUCAGUGGAGAGAUAGGGUCUCGUUUGGGAGAGCUGGUGGAGUUUUCAGUUUCUGAGAAUGUUCUCUCCGGGAACAUCUCAGCUUCAAUGUUCAGGGGAAACUGCACUUUGCGAGUGUUGGAUUUGUCUGAGAAUGGUUUUGGUGGGGAAUUUCCAGGACAAGUUUCAGACUGUCAUGAUCUGAGUGAAUUGAAUCUGUGGGGAAACAACUUCACCGGGAGCAUACCAGCUGAGAUAGGCUCCAUCUCCUCUCUCAGAGGUUUGUACUUGGGGAACAAUCAAUUUUCUCGAGACAUACCCGAAACUCUCCUGAAGUUGAGCAACUUGGUGUUUCUUGAUUUGAGUAGAAAUGGGUUUGGAGGAGAUAUACAAAAAAUAUUCGGGAGUUUCACUCAAGUAAAGUAUCUAGUUCUGCAUGGAAACUCAUACGUUGGAGGAAUCUAUUCUUCCAAGAUUUUCAUGUUACAUAAUCUUUUCAGGCUAGAUCUUAGCUUCAACAGCUUUUCUGGCACGUUGCCUGCUGAAAUUUCCCAGAUCAAGAGUUUAAAGUUCUUGAUUCUUGCUUACAAUAACUUCAGCGGUGGCAUACCACAUGAGUAUGGAAACAUGUUGGCGAUUCAAGUACUUGAUCUCUCCUUGAAACGUACCAGAAAUACAAAACUAGAGCAACACUAAUCAAGUUCAAUCGAGGUUCCAAGAAUUCAUGAUGCUUCAUUAUUAAUGAAUCAUUAACCGAUUGUCGGAAAU